CAGAAACAUUGUCAACUGCUUAGAUUGCAGUCAUGAACUGCUUCAGUUAUAUCCUUCUGUCCCUUCUAUGGACAUGCUCCUUCCAAGAUGUCAAAGUAAGCCAGCAGGCUCAAGUUCCUUAUGAGGACCUGGGGAACCUUCUGACUGAGCCAGAGGUCCCAAGAACGUGUGGUCCUCCACCUGCCAUUGCUAAUGCAAUGCUCCUCACCUCCUCACGGCAAGAAUUCUCAUCAGGAUCAUCUGUGAUCUAUCAGUGCUACAGACUGUUUGAAAUGGAAGGCACUCCACUCGCAAGGUGUUUCAACGGUCAAUGGAGAGGUGUGCCCAGAUGUGUCCAAACCUGCAGAGCAAAUGAACUUGAAAUGGAGCAGAAUAAUAUACAACUGAGGUGGAUAACUAAGUCAACAUCCAUGAGAGCAUCAGAUUACUGGAUGGAGUUUGACUGUAAACCCGGAUUUCGCAAAGACCCAUUAUCAGCACCUUUCAGAAAGCAAUGUGUAAGGGGGAUAUGGAUAUAUCCAAGAUGUGUUUAAAGAAAUUCCAUUAAUUGUCAUCCCCUGUCAGCUGAUGGAAUUUGCAUUUACAAAGCAUGUUAGAUGAAAGGUCCUUUCAAACUUUUGGUGUUUUUUCCAGCAGCUGAAACUUGAAUGAAAUUUGCUUUUUAACAGAUUUGCUUAACCAACACUUGAAGAACAAAGCAACUGAAAUUUACUUACUGAAGACAAUUGGUCUUGUCCAAAUUAAUGGAUAAAACUUAGCUUUUGUCGAUGCCAUUUUCAUAUAUUUGCUUCCUGUAUAACUAUUUCCAACUUCAAGCAGCACUUGCCUCUUUCUGUAGUGUGCAUAAAGUUUUUCCUGAGACACUGUUUAUGCUUGGUGCUUCAUUCUCACUGUCUUUGGAACCAACCACCUGUUCUUUCUGGUGCAGUUCAUUGCCUUGUUCUGUCACCUGGAUUUUGAGCACUUUCCACCCAGUCUUUCUGCACUUCCACCCGUCGCUCCAGCACUCAGCAUUUCUUAGAAUAUUGAGGGAAGUUUCGCCUCAGCUUUUUAAAUAGGCACGCUUACUGCAAUUCUCUUGCUGUUCUAAUUCCCCUUCACAUGCCUCUCAGGUAUUUAUUUGCAUUGCCCAUCUAUCCUUCCCUCUUCUUCCUGUUUCUAUUCCAUCUCAUUGUUCGUGUGAUAAAAUGGCACAUGUAUUAAUAUGAACACAGAAAUAAAAAAUAAUAAAGGAAA